CCUCCUCGUGCUGUCCUCGCCGUGCACGCGCGUGGUACCCACGGUCGUGAGGAGGAGGAGGAUGUUGCGCGUGAAGGGGAAAUGGCUGCCGAAAACAAGCCGGAAGGACUGAAGAAAGUUCGUAAUCCGGAUCGAAUGUACAGAUCAGCAGUGUGUUAUGCUGGCCAUGGUCCACCUAAGAGUAUCAGUGAUGACACAGAGACGAACAAUGAACAUGGACAUUUGAAAAUAUACCUGCCCAAGAAGCUGCUUGAAUGUCUACCAAAAUGCACCUCGCUGCCAAAGGAGAGACACCGGUGGAACACUAAUGAGGAGAUCGCAGCUUACUUGAUAACAUUUGAAAAGCAUGAAGAAUGGCUAACGACAUCCCCUAAAACAAGGCCGCAGAAUGGGUCGAUGAUAUUGUACAACAGGAAGAAGGUGAAGUACAGAAAGGAUGGCUACUGCUGGAAGAAGAGGAAAGACGGGAAGACCACACGGGAGGAUCACAUGAAGUUGAAAGUGCAAGGAGUCGAGUGUCUGUAUGGCUGCUACGUCCACUCCUCCAUCAUCCCCACCUUCCACCGCAGGUGCUACUGGCUGCUCCAGAACCCUGAUAUCGUGCUCGUCCACUAUUUGAAUGUUCCAGCCAUUGAGGAUUGUGGGAAACCAUGUGGUCCGAUCCUGUGCUCCAUCAAUACAGACAAGAAGGAGUGGGCCAAAUGGACGAAGGAGGAGCUGAUCGGCCAGCUAAAGCCCAUGUUUCAUGGCAUCAAGUGGACUUGCAGCAAUGGGAACAGCAGCUCUGGCUUCUCAGUGGAGCAGCUAGUGCAACAGAUUCUGGACAGCCACCAAACUAAGCCACCUCCCCGGACUCACAACUGCCUCUGCACGGGCACCCUGGGUGCAGGGAGCAGUGUGCACCACAAAUGCAACAGCGCCAAACAUCGCAUCAUCUCCCCGAAGGUGGACCCUCGCUCAGGAGGCUACAGCAGUGCUCACUCUGAAGUCCAGAACAACGAUGUGUCGGAGGGGAAGACGGAGCACAGCGCCCACGGCGGAGGCAAAAGCUCCGGUGGAGGCGGAGGGGGGGGCAGUGCCAGGGAGAAACGCAACGGCAAAGUCCACAAGCCCAUCCUGCUGCACCAGAACAGCACCGAGGUGUCGUCCACCAACCAGGUGGAGGUCCCUGACACCACGCAGAACUCCCCCGUGUCCAUCAGCAGCGGCCUCAACAGCGAUCCGGACAUGGCCGACAGCCCCGUGGUGACAGGGAUGAGCCACGUGGCCUCCGUCAUGUCUGGCUUGUCUCAGAGCGUCUUCAUGUCUGAGGUGACUGGAGACCCUGUUUACAGCAUGUCUCCUACUGGGGGUCCCAACACUCACCUGAUGGGUGCAGAUGCCACCUCACAGGGCAUGGUGCUGUCUGUGGCCUCUGAUCGUCACAAAUUUGCCUUCCCCGGUGGAGGAGUGGGAGAGCCUGGGACUAACGCGGCGGGAGACAGUCUGUCCAUGAUGUCUUCAGCGGGGGUCUCUGAGGAGCUGGUGCUCUCCAGCAGUCUGGAUGCUGGAAGCAUUAAGAUCCCAGAGACCAAUAUGAACUUUGACCCCGACUGCUUCCUGAACAACCCCAAACAGGGCCAGACCUAUGGAGGCAGUGCAAUGAAGACAGAGGGCAACUCUUCCUCAACCUCAUCUUCCUCCGGUGGCAGCAGUUGCAACGGCAGUAUGCAGCGCUCCCCCGCCAUGUCGGACAACGGCUACACCUUCAGCUCAGCUAUGGUAAAGAAUAUCAAGAUAGAAGACACAUCGUUUGAGCAGCAGCUGGCCAAGGAGAGUGGCUACCAGGUGGGUCCGGUAGUGAGCUGCGGGGGCGGGGUCUCUGUGUCAUCUGGUGCUGGUUCGGGCCAGGGUAACCUUACUCUGAAUACGGCGGGCUCCAUGCUUCCUUCUGGUGGGGGUCUGAGUCCCAGCACCACCCUUGAGCAGAUGGAUUUCAGUGCUAUUGAUGCCAAGCAAGACUAUUCUUCCAACGCUACCGCCGUAAACUAUGGUCAGGCCAUGUCCAGUCCUCACAUGCAACACCAGAGUCGUUCACCCAGCUUCUUCCUGCAAGAUUCUUCCCAGACCGGACAGGGCCAGCAGGGAAGGCCCAGCAUGGGUCAGAAAACACAUUUGAUGGAGCACAAUUCCCAUGACUCUGGAGCGUAUAUGGGGCUGCAAGUGGUGAAGACGGACUCCCCUGGCAGUAACGGCCACAUCCACCACCACCAUCAGGCCCACCAGCACAGGCCCAACUGUAAUGGAGGCUCCCCCGCAGAGGGGGGCGGUCAGGCUGGCUCUCUCCAGCUGCUACAGUACCAGGGGGGCUAUCCUGGGCUGGGUGCUGAGCAUGAGGAGGUGGUGGGUCUAGAGCAACAAGGCAAUGUGAAUUCAGCUCAGGCUGGAGCCACUGAGAAUGGAGCUGAGAAUCUACUCAAGCCAGGAGACCACAUCCAGGCCUGCGGGACAGGAAACGGAGAGGGAGCAGAGCACUACCUGCAACAGGCCUCGGAUGGAGGUGGAGGAGGGAAUGGAGGUGCUGGAGAAGGAGUAGUAAUGCAUAAUGGUAACAACAAUAGUGAUGGCAGCAACCGCUCCCAGCAGCAACAGCAGCUGCAGCCCCUCCUCCAGGGCACCAGUAUGGUCCAGGGACUCUACAACGCUGUCGGAGCCCACCAGGGCCUCGUUGGAGCGGCCAGUAAUGGCGGAGCAGGAGGGACAGGCAUGGAGAUCAGCCUGGAUCACUUUGACAUCUCUUUUGGUAACCAGUUCUCUGACCUCAUCAAUGACUUCAUCUCAGUGGAUGGAAGUGGAACCACCAUGUCAGCUGGUGGGGCCCUAUAUGCUCACCAGCUGGUCCAAUCCCACAGUUCGGAUAGUCAAAACACCACCGGUGGGCCCCCUCAGCAAGGCCAGGAAGAUGGAGGGGCCAGGAGCUCCGGCUACAGCCCCUCGGAGCUCUGCCUCCAGCCCUGCUGCAGCCCCCAGUCUCUGAGUGCUGGGGCUGGAGGAGGGGGAAACACCGGAGAGCCGGGCUCAUUGUCCUACAUGAAUGUAGCAGAGGUGGUCUCUGCAGCUGUAGCCCAGGGGGCUCUGGGGAUGCUUCAGGCCACAGGCCGGCUCUUCAUGGUCACUGACUACUCCCCGGAGUGGUCCUACCCUGAGGGUGGAGUUAAGGUGCUGAUCACUGGGCCUUGGCAGGAGGCCAGCUCCAACUACACCUGCUUGUUUGACCAGAUCUCAGUCCCCGCCUCUCUCAUCCAACCAGGAGUUCUGCGCUGCUACUGCCCAGCUCACGACACGGGUCUGGUGACGCUACAGGUGUCCACCAGUAACCAGAUCAUCUCCAACUCGGUGGUGUUUGAGUAUAAGGCCCGCGCUCUUCCUUCACUGCCUUCAUCUCAGCACGACUGGCUCUCGCUGGAUGAUAACCAGUUCAGAAUGUCUAUCCUGGAGCGCUUGGAGCAGAUGGAAAGGAGGAUGGCGGAGAUGGCCAGCCACCAGCAGUCGAGCAGUGCAGGGAGUGGCGGAGCUGGGGGAGGAGCAGGGGGAGGGGGAGGAGGAGGAGGAGGGGGAGGAGGAGGUGGAAGCAACAACAACAACAGCCAGUCACAGUGUUUAUCCGCUCAGACGCAGGCCAGCAGCUCCUUUGAGAGUCGUGUGGUGGUGGUCUGUGAGAAGAUGAUGAGCAGAGCUUGCUGGGCCAAGUCCAAACAUUUGAUCCACUCCAAGACCUUCAGAGGCAUGACGCUCCUUCACCUGGCUGCAGGCCAAGGCUACGCCACCCUCAUCCAGACACUCAUCAAGUGGCGCACUAAACAUGCUGAUAGUAUUGAUUUGGAGUUAGAAGUGGACCCUCUCAAUGUAGAUCACUUCUCCUGCACACCCCUGAUGUGGGCCUGUGCCCUGGGUCACCUGGAGGCAGCAGUGGUCCUGUAUAAAUGGGACAGACGUGCCCUAGCUAUCCCAGAUUCUCUGGGUCGCUUACCCCUCUCAAUCGCCCGGUCUCGUGGCCAUACCAAAUUGGCUGAAUGUUUGGAGCAGCUACAAAGGGAAGAGCAGCAGUCACCAGCCCCUCUACCACCCACACCUCGCAUGUCUUUCUCUCCCGCCCCCGAAACCCCCACCACAGACAGCUGGAUGGUCAGCUGGGCAAACAACAGUGGAGUGGCACCCAGCGGCAAGAAAGGGUGUCCUGCCACAACAACAACAACAACAACAUCCAGCGCCACAAGCCUCAAUCCAGACUUGAGAAGGCCAAGGUCAGAGCCCUCCAACUACUACAGCAGCGAGUGCCAAAGAGACCUCCCGCAAGCUAAAAAGCAUAAACCCAACCCAGAACUGUUUCAGAAUCGGCCUGACAAGGCCAUGUCUGUUCCUCUAAGCCUGGAGCAGCAACAGCUCCACAAGCUGUCCUCUAGCCCGAAGAGCCUGUCCUCAGAGGGCCUUAGCUCAGAAAAGGGCCUGUCCACAGGAGGCAGCACAGGGACAACCAGAUGGACCUCCAGAGAGAGUUUCUCCAGCAGCGGCAUGGGGAGGAAGGCGUCGGGGGUCAGUGGAGGCAGCAGCCUGGGGAAGGAGAAGCUGGUCAACCGGUUGCGUCAGCGGGAACAGCUAGGCAUGCUGGUGAUGGCUGACAGAGAAAUGGCUGAUGCAGAACUGUUAUCCUAUCGGGAAGAUCUGGAGAACCAGGACUGUCUCACACAGAUGGAUGACCUGCAGGCCAAUAUGAUGACUCUGGCAGAGCACAUCAUUGAAGCAACGCCAGAGAGAAUCAAAAGGGAGAACUUCACCGCAGCGGACUCUGUGCCCUUAGACACGUCAGGGGUCACCAACACCAUGAACUGGCUGGCUAACUACCUUGGAGAUGUAGAACAGUUGCCAAGCAUCCUACACCUACGAUCUCUGUAUAAUGAACCCCUGACCCCAUCGUCCAACCCCAGCCUCAGUCCUGGGGGGUCUCCACUGAGAGAGGGGCCCCUGGAAAGGUCUACUCUCCCCUCCCCUGCUGACUGGAGUGAGUUCAUCAACGCCUCCAACAGCAAGGUGGAGCGAGACCUGGCCCAGCUGACUCUGUCUGAUCCCGAGCAGAGAGAGCUGUACGAGGCCGCCCGCCUAGUCCAAACUGCCUUCCGCAAGUACAAGGGGCGGCCGCUCCGAGAGCAACAGGAAGUAGCUUCUGCUGUCAUUCAACGUUGUUACAAGAAAUACAAACAGCUAACAUGGAUAGCCUUGAAGUAUGCACUUUAUAAGAAGAUGACGCAGGCCGCCAUCCUUAUCCAGAGUAAAUUCCGCAGCUACCACGAGCAGAAGAAGUUCCAGCAGAGCAGGAAGGCUGCUGUGCUCAUUCAGCAAUACUACCGCAGCUAUAAGGAGUUUGGCAGGCUGAAGCCCCACCACCGCGGGGCGGCUGCUGCCCUGGUGCAGCACAAACUGAGAGGUAGUCUGCUCACAAAGAGGCAGGAUCAGGCUGCCAGGAAGAUCAUGAGGUUCCUACGUCGCUGCCGCCACAGCCCCUUGAUGGACCAUAGACUGUUCAAGCGGGUGAGUGCAGCCUCAGCAACUCAGGUGAAAGAAUUGAAAAGGGCCAGGGAACAUGAGACCCCUCAGAAGAGCCCCCUCACCAUUUGACAUCACUCUCCUGACUUCUUUUCUUUUUUGUUUGUACCCGAGACAUUUUACAAGAAAAAUGGAGAAAAAAACAUCAAUGCAAGCGCUGCAAUUAUUACUUCUACUGCAGUGUUACCGGUUCAACUUCUAAUACAUGUACAACAGCAUUUUUUCACAUAUCUAUUCUUUCCACUGACUUGGUUUUUGACGGAGAGUGGCAACUUCUACGGGAUUAUAAACUAAAAGGGUCGGGGUGGGGGGUGCAAAACAUUUGCUUCAUGGCAUUUUUUGCACUUUUUCAUGGAUUGCUUUGUCUUUUUCGAAUAUAUGGAGAGGUUUUGGACGAUGAAGGAAGCAGGACAUGCGUGCGGAGGUCUGUCAAACGCGAGGACCUCAAGAGACGUAAAUUAAGACUGCUGCAGAGGAUCUCAGAGGAUAGUGAGACCACGCAGAAACACUCUGGGCUCUUAUUGUGUUUCAUAAUUUUUUAAGUGACCAAUCAAUUCAUUUGAAGAAGGAUUUUUUUAACCAAAUACAUUGGUCACCCACACUCCCACUUCUUUCCACUGCUGUAGAUGAAAUGAUAUUCAAUUUAGCUCAACAACUCCUGCUGUCCCACUGUGCUCUACCCCACCAGUCUGCCCACACGGGUGGAGCUACAAAUGAAUGUAGUCCGGGGUUUAACCAUUACGAAGCAGAUGGGUGAUAAAAUAUUUCUCUUUUGCCAUUUCUUAAAGAAACCCUAUGCUUUAUCGUAUAUAUUGUCACUUUAUUACUUGAAUUUGUUCCAUACUGUCCAAUGUAUUUGUUCCAUCAUGUCCAAUGUAUUGGUGAUCUGUAUCCUCAGACUCUAUGUUGUUGAAUCCUACCAAGAAAAGAUGCAUGACUUCUUGGCAAGAAAAGUCUUUGCUUGUGUGAUUAUGGUCUAGUCUUUCAGCCUAACCUCUGAUGUUCUCUUUUGUUUCCAUCUUCUCCCUCAUGAUUUCGAUCAUAUCAGUAUUGAAGCUAUCCCUGUAUUGUCCUGUUUCUUUUUAUUUGUUGAUUGAUCCUCUGAAACCUAACAAGAGAAAAGAACUUGCCUAUUUUGUGUUGUAAUGGUUAUGGUCAUGCAGGUUAUUAAUGUUCUUUUUAAAUGAACUUCAGAGCCUGCGAAGGCUGUUGAGGGGAAGAUCACAUACAUUGCCUUGACGUCUUAGAGAUUCUUUGAGGGGUCCCUAAGCUUGUCCCAAAAUAGGGGUUUGACAAAUCCAUAUUUUUGACAAUUGAGCGAUUUCUGUAUAUAAAGAAGGCUGAAAGUACGUAGGAAAAAACAUUUACCCGAAGGGGAUUGUAUUUUAGAAAUAUAUUAUUUUAUUCAUUAAAAAUGGGUCAAAAACAGGUACGAGACAAAAACAGAAUAUUUGUAUAGUUUUGUUUGAAUGCCUAAGAAGUAUGGUUGUAUUGUUUGUAAAUAGUGUAAAUACCUGGGAUAAAAAUGAGCUAUGUGCAUGAAAAGUAUGAACAGAGUCAAAAGGGAAAAAACAACAAAAGCAGUAGUGGCUAUGCUCUGUCAAAUUAAACUAUUUCACUAUUAGAGUAUUUUAUUUUAUUUUGAUUGUUCUUGAGAAGAACAUUUUGCUAAAGCAUGAUAUUAUUGCAAUAUAAAAAAACUACAAAAAAAUGUAUUUAGCGUUAGGAGAAGUCUGCAAAAUGAUCUUAAAACAAGUAUGGUUAUGUUUACAUUUCUUUUGUUUUGUUUUGGGCUACCAAGAAUCUUUUGCCAAUGGUGCCGAGGUAUGUGAAUGCUAUAUAGCUUAAGAAGAGAAUUAAGUUAAUUUUUGCAGAACAGAUAAUCAUACAGUGAAAUACACACUAGCACUGAAGACCACGAGAUCACAAGUGGUCGAGGAUCACUCGAACAAUAAGGUACACAGUUUGCAGAGGGAGUCAUAUUCAAGCAGAACGCAUUGAAGUCUCUCAUGUCUCCACUUUUCACACUGAUAACUGAAGCAUUUGACCAUCACUGAGUGCACCAUAGCAGAGUUUAAGUUACAUUUGUGUUGUCAUUAAAAAUGGAAUGUGUUACUGAGGUAUCUUGCCUGAUCUGAAAGAAUGGCAGCCUUGCCCAUGGUGUUUCUACAAAUCAAAAUCAUGUUAUCCCUAUUUCUUGAAUUCAACUCUUCAAAUGUACACUAUGCUGCAGCAAGCAUUGAUGUACUACUUAUUGGCUGACCCCUGUAAUAAACUGAUGACCGGAUAUGACUACUACAAUAUGUCUUAAUACAAAAACACCUUGAUACAGGCUGCCAUGCUCUUAACAGAUCUUAGUAUUCUAUGUCACAAAGAUGUCUACCUGAGGAACAUGUUUAGCAUUCUAUACAUGACUGGGUUUCUUUGUCAAGCAGCUGAAAAUACAAAACGAACUGUUCCGACAGUAAAAGGUGCUAAACCGAUUCUAUCUGAAAAGACAGCGCUAAAAGUUGUCACUGCCUCGACGCGGGGUCAAUGAGCCAAAAUGACUGUAGUAACCAAUGUGUAAAACAGUGCCAUUUAUAGUUAUGAGGCAUACGAUGUGUCUUGUACAUUGGAUUAGGUAUAUAUUUGAUUGGGCUGUAGGAACAAUCUGAGAGAAACAUGAGCUGCUGGUUUAGAGGUGCCUGUUGGUUGCUGCCUAUUAUAUAUUCCUACCAGAACUACCAGAAAGUGUAUUCUGUAUCAAAGUAAUGACAUUUGAUUAUUCAGCCAAGUGCCACUGAAAAACUUGAGUUUUUUCAUUGAAGUAUUGUUAUGUUUGUUUAAUAAUUAUUAGGGAUUUGUUUCAUUGACUGACUGGUUGUUUUUAUUGUUUUUCACACACUGGUAUGUCAACUUUAUUUCCCGAGUGUUAAUGUAGAAAGUGCCUAUUCAUAUCCUGAUCACACAAACCCAGUGUCAGAAUGCAUACAAUGUACCUGAAGUUGAGAGAAUGUGAGAACAUGGUCACCCACAGAAAGUGCUGUAUCCUCUACAUGAACACACACACCAUCACCAUCACCUUACACUCACCAAAGCGACAAUAUGAUACUCCCACAGCACUCCAGCUUGUCAACAUGCUACGCUUUAUUUUCAUUUGUAUGCCUUGUUUUCUGUUUUCUAACGGGACAGCUUGUUAAAUCAUACUUAGAAGUGCCACUACUGGGGUUUGUUGCCUUGCAUUCAUCCUCCUGGUCCGUGGUAAGAAUGCAUAGCCAAUGCAAUGUCGUGGCAAAAAAGAGAAGGGAUUUAUUAUGCUUGCAUGGGUAAAAUAGUUAACUGGGUGACCGAACUGCACCUAAAGCAUGCUUAUUUUCCUAGAAUCUGUAGUCAGAUAGACUUGUUAAAAGACUUACUGUUCUGUAAAACGAUGAACGUUGGUUUGACGUGUCACAGAACUCAGAAAGACAGAGGGCAUGUGACUGGAGGGCUGAAGGGAAACUCACAAAUGAGCCAGUGAUCAACACUCAGUAGCUACUGAGGUUUUCAUAGCAAAGCAUGAGGACAGGAUUGUUUUUACACCAAGCUCUAACUUUUUAGACUAUUUUCUUUACUUUUUUGAUUCUUUUAGAUUUGAUCAGUGUUCUCCCAACUUCAAAUAGGACAAAUGGACAUGAUUGGAGACCAUUUGGACAGUAUGUAUAGCUAGUUUUAACUAAGUGACACACGGUACACACGGACACAUGCACAAGACACAGCACACAUGCAGACAUGUCAAGGUGUCAGUUUCAUUUGUUCGCUGAGCAGCAUCGCUCUUCUCCAGCCUGAGGGACUGGUUCACCUCCCUUCUGUAUUUUACUCAGGGUGCAAAAUGGGGAGGAGGAAGCAGAGCAGGACACGUGAUUCACAGCAGAGGCAGCUGAAAUUGAAAAAUGUAAAACGUUGUGCUUUAUUGUAAAGGCAGACACUUAAGUCUUUAAAAUGAAUGAAUAUCAAAUAUAAUCCAUAUCCUCUCAGUAACUAUGAACAUUGCAGACACUGGAGUAGCCCUUGAAUAAAGUCCCGAUAUAUAUAUAUAUAUAGCUCACUAAGAUAAAUGAUUUGGCUUUCUUCUCGAGAGGUCUGUCAAAUCAUUGAAACAUUUCGGCCAGUUCUUUAGGCCUUUAAUUUAUCUAGGUGACAAAGUGUAGAGGGUAUUUAAGAUUAAGAGUGUAUAUAUAUGAAAAGUUCACCUGCUAAUCUUGUUUUUACUGCCAUUUAUGAAUGGGAUGACAAGUUAGCUGAUAGGCACUCUUCAUAUUUAAUAUUAGCAAUUUUCAAGACGUUCUGUGAAUUGACCUGGGAAUCUGCCUUUCCUCCUCUUCCUUUUCCCGAGCGCCCCAAACCAGAGAAAGGUAGGCACAUCAGGACAACAGAACAGAAACGGUUUUACAACAUAUUCCACUUGUGGACACAGAGCAAUAAAGAACUAUUUUGUGGAGACCUAUAGACCUAGUGAAGUUUAAAAAUGAUUGGACACAUGUAGUCGACUUUCUCUUAUGCAAAUGCCAGUAUUGCAAGACAAGCAUUCAGUAGUUUAUGGACGGCAAUUAUAUGGCACCCUUUACCGAUCUGCACGUUUUCAUCAAUUCCAAACCGAGAAGAAGAAAAAAAGGCCCUGCUUUGAUAGAAAGUUACGGGUCCUCGACACUUUGCAUGUGAACUAGUGUUAGAUCUAUUUUCCUCUCCUCUAUAGCUGUCUUUCUCUCUGUCUUUCCCUGUUAUGUGACCCAAUUUUUCUCUGCUCCCGACCCCUACCCUUCAAGGUUUCAUCUCCUCUUGGUUCUCCUAAUGUGUUUUGUUUUCCUCCUUUUUCUUCCUUCUUCUCUUGUUUGUAAGUUUUAUUUUUGUAAUUGUGCAUGUACAAGCGUCACUGACUCGAUGGAUAUGUUAUAAAAAAAAAGAAGAGAUUUCAGCUGCUGAAGCCAUGCAAAACGUUUUGAAUUGCCCUUAAAAUAUGGACGAUGUUUUCUGAAUGCUUUAUAUUCUUUCUGCUGUAAAAUAAUAAAAAAAUGAAAAAAUUAAGAAA